GGCGGGAACGCGAGGAGUAAAGUUGGGUGAUUUGUUUCAUUUUGUCUAUUUAGUGUUUCUUCAGGUUUAAAUGUGUAAUAGCAGUGGUUUAUUAACUGUUUCAUAUCUGUAAAAGUGCACAAAUGUGGGAAAGUGAAACAAAGCCGCUGGACGUAACUUCUCCGGGUCCUCCAAAAAGUCCACUGAAAAAAUCUCAGUUUUAGUUACCAGGUCAUAAAAUCUCUUAAAAAAAUAAGCGGAUGUCUUCAGACUUCAGUGUCGACUUUAAAAAUAAAAAUAGUGAUUGAAAUUUUAACGCGUAUGUUACUUACAAGUUUGCUCUAACAAACAAUAAAAAAAAAAUUAGUUAAAAUUAUUUUAUAAUCCAAAUCGUGUACUCCAAAGACACCUAACCUUGUAAAGUUAUUUAUAAGCAACUGAAGUUUGAAUAUUUUUAAAUGAGCCGGUAAUUGUUUGAAAGCCACGGACAAUAAUGAAUACCACUGCUUCAGCAACUACGACUUCUUUGGAUGAAGAUGCUGACGAAUGCGGGCCACAGCUGAUCAGUAAAUUAGAGGGCAAUGGCAUCACAUCAGGAGAUAUAAAAAAGCUUGAGGAAGCGGGAUAUCAUACUGUUGAAUCUGUUGCCUAUGCUCCAAAAAAAUGGCUAAUCACAAUUAAAGGGAUAUCUGAAGCGAAGGCAGAUAAAAUAUUAGCUGAAGCAUCUAAAUUGGUGCCAAUGGGAUUUACAACAGCUACUGAGUUUCAUCAAAAGAGGGCUGAAAUAAUACAACUUACUACUGGUUCAAAGGAAUUAGAUAGAUUACUGGGAGGUGGUAUAGAAACUGGUUCUAUAACUGAAAUAUUUGGUGAAUUCCGUACUGGCAAAACCCAAUUAUGUCACACAUUAGCAGUCACCUGCCAGCUACCCAUUGAACAAUCUGGUGGAGAGGGUAAAUGCAUGUACAUCGAUACAGAAGGAACAUUCAGACCGGAAAGACUGCUGGCCGUUGCACAGCGAUACGGUAUGGAAGGUGCGGCAGUCUUGGACAAUGUUGCAUAUGCAAGAGCUUAUAACACAGACCAUCAGACCCAAUUGCUAGUGCAAGCUUGCGCCAUGAUGGCAGAGUCAAGAUAUUCCUUAAUUAUAGUUGAUAGUGCAACCGCUCUAUACAGGACAGACUAUUCUGGACGAGGGGAACUGAAUUCUAGACAACUACAUCUGGGUCGUUUCAUGAGAAUGUUGCUCAGAUUGGCUGAUGAGUUUGGAGUAGCAGUAAUCAUAACAAACCAAGUGGUCGCACAAGUGGAUGCUGUAGGAGUUUUCAAUGCUGAUACCAAGAAACCAAUCGGAGGUCAUAUCAUAGCGCACGCGUCCACAACUAGACUCUAUUUACGGAAGGGUAGAGGUGAUAAUCGCGUGUGUAAAAUAUACGAUAGUCCGUGCUUGCCCGAAACAGAAGCUAUGUUUGCGAUUAGCGCUGAAGGCAUCACGGAUGCUAAGGAAUAAUAAUUUAAUUAAGGUGAUAUCAUCACUGCCAUCAACCUUAAAUAUCAUUUUAAACAACGUAGUAGUGUAUGUUAACAAAGAAAAAAAUAAAAUAAAAACUGGAAAAGAAACAAUGAAUGUACAUAAUAUAUAUAACCACUCAAAAUGAAGAAAAUGGCUCUAAAUCCAAAAAAAAAAUAUGAUGGAAAAAUAAGUAUAUUGGAACAUACACUCUUAAUUAAUUUAUAUAAUUUGGUAGAUUAUUUUAGCUCAUUUAAAUGGCAACAUCAAUUUGUGUGAAUGAGCUUAGAACAUGUUGGUAGCGUAGUGAUGUGUGAAUUGUUUUAUUUUGUUAAUACAAUAAUAACUUACGGACUUAUUCAUCGCGACUUAUUGGACAUUUAUAAUUUUCCAAAAAAUUAUAAAGGUCCAAUAAAAUAAAUCCAAUUUAUAAAUUUUAAGUUUAUAACUAUUAAUAUAAAUAAAAUGUAAUGUUUGUUCUCUAUGAAUUCCUAAACCAUUCAUGCGAUUGUGAUGAAACUUUGUAAUUAAUAUUGGCAAUCUAGAAAAGGUUUGUUGCAGUACCAGCAACAUAUGACAGACAGCACGUGAAUAGUUAAAAAAAAUUUGUUUCUUGAACAAUUGGCGACGGUUAUACGUGACAGCUUUUCAUUAGUUCACAAUAAAUCUGAAUAAGACCAUAUAAUAAUAUGUAGCUGCGAUAACUAUUAUAAAUAAAACCAUUUCAUUCAUUAAAUUAUCACUGUUUCGACUUUAUAUAUAAAACUAUCUAGUAUUUCUUUUCACAAUAUUAAAGGCAUUUUAUGUAAUACCCAUUCAUUCAUUGUAUUUAAGCAUUAAUUCCAGGAUCAACUGUAAAUAAGUAGGUAUGUAAUUUAAAGAGAACCAGUGUCAAAUAAAACUAUUUUUACAUUUUCA